AUGGCGGAUCCCAGCGAAGGCCCCCGCGCGGGGCCUGCGGAGGUAGCCGAGCCCCCCGGGGAUGAGAGUGGCAUCCCCGGCGGGGAGGCCUUCCCCCUCUCUUCGCUGGCCAACCUGUUCGAGGGGGAGGACGGCUCCCCGUCGCCCUCUCCGGCUGAUAGUGGCCGCCCCGCCGGCCCAGGCGAUGGGCGACCAAACCUGCGCAUGAAGUUCCAGGGCGCCUUCCGCAAGGGGGUGCCCAACCCCAUCGACCUGCUGGAGUCCACCUUGUAUGAGUCCUCAGUGGUGCCUGGGCCCAAGAAGGCGCCCAUGGACUCGCUCUUUGACUAUGGCACCUAUCGUCAGCACCCCAGUGACAAGCGGUGGAGGAGGAAGGUCAUAGAGAAGCAGCCACAGAGCCCCAAAGCUCCCACGCCCCAGCCGCCUCCCAUACUCAAAGUCUUCAACCGGCCUAUCCUCUUUGACAUCGUGUCUCGGGGCUCCACCGCUGACCUGGACGGGCUGCUCCCCUUCUUGCUGACCCACAAGAAGCGGCUGACUGACGAGGAGUUCCGGGAGCCAUCCACGGGGAAGACCUGCCUGCCCAAAGCCCUGCUGAAUCUGAGCAACGGCCGCAACGACACAAUCCCUGUGCUUCUGGACAUCGCUGAGCGCACCGGCAACAUGCGUGAAUUCAUCAACUCGCCCUUCCGGGACAUCUACUACCGAGGCCAGACCGCCCUGCACAUCGCCAUCGAGCGCCGCUGCAAACACUACGUAGAGCUCCUGGUGGCCCAAGGUGCCGACGUUCACGCCCAGGCCCGGGGACGCUUCUUCCAGCCCAAGGAUGAGGGAGGCUACUUUUACUUCGGUGAGCUGCCCCUGUCGCUGGCGGCCUGCACCAACCAGCCCCACAUCGUCAACUACCUGACAGAGAACCCACACAAGAAGGCGGACAUGCGGCGCCAGGACUCUCGUGGCAACACAGUGCUGCACGCACUGGUGGCCAUCGCUGACAACACUCGUGAGAACACCAAGUUCGUCACCAAGAUGUACGACCUGCUGCUGCUCAAGUGUGCCCGCCUCUUCCCUGACAGCAACCUGGAGGCCGUGCUCAACAACGACGGCCUCUCGCCCCUCAUGAUGGCCGCCAAGACGGGCAAGAUUGGGAUCUUUCAGCACAUCAUCCGUCGGGAGGUGACAGACGAGGACACCAGGCAUCUGUCCCGCAAGUUCAAGGACUGGGCCUAUGGGCCAGUGUAUUCCUCACUCUAUGACCUCUCCUCCCUGGACACGUGUGGGGAAGAGGCCUCUGUGCUGGAGAUCCUGGUGUACAACAGCAAGAUUGAGAAUCGCCACGAGAUGCUGGCCGUGGAACCCAUCAAUGAGCUACUUCGGGACAAGUGGCGAAAGUUUGGGGCUGUUUCCUUCUACAUCAACGUGGCCUCCUAUCUGUGCGCCAUGGUCAUCUUUACCCUCACCGCCUACUACCAGCCGCUGGAGGGCACUGUGACUCCAUUCUCCUCCCCUCCACACGUCUCUUGGCUCCACCUCUCUCACACGUCCCCUCCCUUCCUCCAGAUCAAAGACUUGUUCAUGAAGAAAUGCCCUGGAGUGAAUUCUCUCUUCAUCGAUGGCUCCUUCCAACUACUCUACUUCAUCUACUCUGUGCUGGUGAUUGUCUCGGCGGCCCUCUACCUGGCGGGGAUUGAGGCCUACCUGGCCGUCAUGGUCUUUGCUUUGGUCCUGGGCUGGAUGAAUGCCCUUUACUUCACCCGUGGGCUGAAGCUGACGGGGACCUAUAGCAUCAUGAUCCAGAAGAUCCUCUUCAAAGAUCUUUUCCGCUUCCUGCUGGUCUACCUGCUCUUCAUGAUUGGCUACGCUUCAGCCCUGGUCUCCCUCCUGAACCCGUGUGCCAACGUGAAGGUGUGCAGCGAGGACCACGCCAACUGCACAGCGCCCACGUACCCCUCAUGCCGUGACAGCGACACGUUCAGCACCUUCCUCCUGGACCUCUUCAAGCUGACCAUCGGCAUGGGCGACCUGGAGAUGCUGAGCAGCACCAAGUACCCCGCGGUCUUCAUCGCCCUGCUCGUCACGUACAUCAUCCUCACAUUCGUGCUGCUCCUCAACAUGCUCAUCGCCCUCAUGGGGGAGACGGUGGGCCAGGUGUCCAAGGAAAGCAAGCACAUCUGGAAGCUGCAGUGGGCCACCACCAUCCUGGACAUCGAGCGCUCCUUCCCUGUGUUCCUGAGGAAGGCCUUCCGCUCCGGCGAGAUGGUGACCGUGGGCAAGAGCUCAGACGGCACUCCAGACCGCAGGUGGUGCUUCAGGGUGGACGAGGUAAACUGGUCUCACUGGAACCAGAACUUGGGCAUCAUUAACGAGGACCCCGGCAAGAACGAGAACUACCAGUAUUACGGCUUCUCGCACACCGUGGGCCGCCUCCGGAGGGAUCGCUGGUCCUCGGUGGUGCCCCGCGUGGUGGAGCUGAACAAGAACUCGAACCCGGAGGAGGUGGUGGUGCCUCUGGACAACGUGGGGAACCCCAGCUGUGACGGCCACCAGCAGAGUUAUCCCCCCAGGUGGAGGACUGACGACGCUCCCCUCUAG